GAUAAUAGGGUUCUAGUAAAAAUUACUGGACUUGGCACUCUGGUCGUGAAAGCCACUACUCUUAGAAUUUGAUACUGUCAUUGUCUAUUAAUCGUCGGUUUCUUUUGUCAAGGCAAAUUCAAGUCAAUCUGUGAACUGAGUGUUUGCUUCUUCUUUUUUUUUAAUUUAAUUUAUAAACUUAUUGGUUGCUGCUGUUGUUCAAUUAUGAUCAAGGCUUGUUUGCUUUUGCAUGCAUGAUGCUGAGAUUAUACUGUUAGAUGCUGAAGAUAAAGAGAAUUAGCAUUUUCUUAGCAGCUUAUGAAUCAAGAGAAAUGCAAAGGAAAUUAUUUUUUUUUAGGGGAACCUUGUUAUGAGAUUGAGAUUUUUUUUUCCUUGUCUGGUUCCUCAUUGUUUCUUAGUUAACAAAAGGAUCACUGAUGGGAUUUUUAUUUUAAUACAUGACGUAGGUUUUAUUGGAUGAUUCUGUAAUUGGAUAUAAAUGAGAAACAUGCAUGGCAUUUUAAUCAUGUUUUCUUUAAUCUGUAAUGCACAAAAGUUCGUUAUGAAAUACUUGGAAUUUCAUAACUGAUUAUGUAGUCUGAUCGUUAAUAGGUCUUUAGAUCAACAGGUGUUAAACGACUAGGUAAUUAAAGGAAAUAUAAUCAUCUUCAUAAUGUUUUUAUGUUUCAAUCCGUUAUGCUUGUCUUGGAAGUUCGUUACCGAUUGUUUGGAAUUUUAAUUUACCGGUUAUUCUGUUUUUUUUUUCGUAGAUAUUUGCCGUUAAUUCUGUUAGAUCACUUAAUAGGUUUAUAGAUAGAAAUGUGUUAACAAGUAAGUAGUUCAUGACAUUCUAGGUGUUGGCAUUGAGUGUGAAUAGCUCAAUGGGCCAGCAUUUUGCCCAGAUCCUUUCAGCCCAUGGCGUUUGGGCUUCUACGCCCUAAGGAGUUUGAGUUACACCUCUGCUAACAGCUUAAGCUUUUAGCAUGGUGUUAAGCGCUCGAUCCUUCAGUAAGCAUAUUUUUCUCAAUUUUGCAUUUCCAAAUCUGUUAUGCUUAACUAGGAAGUUCAUUACUGAAUAUUUGGAAUUUCAAAAAUAUUUUCUGGUUAUUUGAUUUGAUCAUUUAAUAGCUUUUCAGAUAAGGAGGUGUCUAAAACUUUAUAAUCGAUAGAUCAUUAGAAGCAUUCAUUAGUAUGUUGGUGUUUUCAUGUGUUGUCUUUUAUAAAUCGCAUUUUUUGCCGAGAACUUUGGACUUUGUUUACCUUCUUUGUUGAACUUCGUUACUGAACGAAAUUUAAUGUUUUCUGUUUGAUUGCUUACAAUGUUUGAUCGACACGUGUUGCCAACUAUGUAAUUCAUGACAUUGUAAUUAUGCCUUUCAUAAUAUUUUUGUUUCCAAUUAUGUUAUGCUUGCAUGGAAGUUUCGUUACCGAAUACCUAGAAUCUCAUAAAUAUUUCCUGGUUAUUUCAUUUGGUCAUUUAUUAGGUUUUCAUAUCAACAGGUGUCAAAAACUUUUUAAUAACAGGCGUAGAAAAAUUUGUAAUUGGUGGAUCAUGAUAAGCAUUCAUCAGUAAUUUGGUGUUUUUAAGCGUUAUCUUUGAUGAAUCUUACCCGUCUUUUUGGCAAGAGCUUCAGAUUUUAUCUGCCUUCUUUGUCGAAGUUCAUUGCUGAAACUUUUGAAUUUAAUCUUUUUUCUGGUUGUUCUGUUUUUACUCUCUUAAUUGGUUCUUAGAUCGACUGGUUUUAACAACUAUGUAAUUCAUUACAAUGUAAUAAUAUUUUUAAUUUCCAAAUCUUUUAUGCUUAUCUGGGAAGUUCGUUACUGAAUACUCAGAAUUUCAUAAAUUUUUUCAGGUUUUUUCAUUUGAUCAUUUAAUAGGUUUUCAGAUCAACAGGUAUCAAAAACUUUUUAAUUGAUGAAUCUUUAGAAGCAUUCAUUAUUAUUUUGUGGUUUUAGGUAUCGUCUUUGAUGAAUCAUGCCCGCAUUUCUUGGGAUUGCAAGAUCAAAGGCAGAUUCAUGAAGAUGAAUGCUGAAGCUUUAGGUUUAAAAUUUAGAUAUUGCUGAUUGAGUUCUUGUUGCUGGCCUUGGCUUAUACAUACAAAGAAGGAGAGCCAUUGAUGAGACAGUGAAAAUGGAGUGCAAUAAAGAAGAUGCCUUCACAGCUAAGGAGGUGGCAGAGAAGAAGUUCAUUGAGAGGGACAUUAAUGGGGCCAAAAGAUUUGCAAUGAAGGCUCAAAAAUUGUGUCCUGGACUUGAUGGUCUUUCUCAAUUUCUAGCAACUCUUGAUGUGUACAUCUCUGCUGAGGGAAGAAAGUAUGGGGAAAUAGAUUGGUAUGGAGUUCUUGGUGUAGAUCCAUUGGCUGACGAGGACACAAUCCGGAAACAUUAUAGGAAACUGGCUCUGACCCUUCAUCCUGAUAAAAAUAAAUCAGUUGGUGCUGAAGGUGCUUUUAAGAUUGUAUCUGAAGCCUGGAGUUUCUUGUCUGAUAAAGCCAAGAGAAGUACCUAUGACCAGAAGCGGAAUUCAUGCGAUGUGUAUGAGAAAGUUCCAAAUUUUAAAUUCCCAAUGCCAGCUGGUCAGAGUGGUUUCCAUAAUUUCUUCUGCAAUAGCAAGUCAAAUACAAUUCAGAAAAGUGCACCUCCAAAGCCUGCUCCACCUCCUCGUGUUCCCAAGUCUGAGACCUUUUGGACAAUCUGCAAUUUUUGUAAAGUACAGUACGAGUUCCAAAGAUCUUUGGCCCAGCACACUGUUUUUUGCUUCAACUGCAAGCGCUCUUUCCUUGCUAUUGAGAUCCUACCCCCACCUAUGAAUGGCAAUGGUCCAUCUAAUACAAGGACUUCUUACAUACAAGGACUGAAUUCUACUCUGCAAACAAGGACUGAUAACUCAUAUACUUCAGAAAAGAAGCCAGUGUCUACAUCAAAUUUAGGACCAGUGGCUCAGUCAGGUACAUUUGGUAAAGUGGGCAGUUUUGCAGGCAUUUCAUCAGCAGCUCCACAAAAUGCUGCAAGAUGGGAGUCCCUUCAAAAGAUAACUGGCACUUUCAAGGAAGCAGGUGCCAGUUUAGAUGCUGGAUUUUCUGAUUCUGGUUUUGUUUCUGUAUCAAAAGGAGAUAGGCUGAAGAAGAGAAGACGCAUUGAUGAACCUAGGGUGCACCAUACGGCCAAUCAAAUGGCAAACAGAAAUGGAGGAGUUGGGAGUCAAAAGGGUAGUUUUGAAAGAGGAAGGAGAAACAUUGCCAGAGGCCAUAAAUUUAAUAGGACAAGGGAAUUGUCACAGCUAGAACUUCGAAACAUGUUGGUGGAGAAGGCUAAGAAGGAUAUUUGCAUGAAGCUAGAAGACUGCAGCAUUCCAUCUGCUGUAUCAAAGACUUCAGAGAAGGAGAUGGAGAAGAAAGAGAAAGGAAAGCAGACGGCUUCUCUAAAUAGCAUGAACACCGAAGGAAACAAAUGCCUGGAAUUUGUAGAUACCAAGACCAGAGCUCACACAGAGUCAUCCCUGGCAAACUCUGAUGAUUAUCCCGACACAAAGGGUAGUGGUCCAUUGUCAAUGACUGUUCCAGAUCCAGAUUUUCAUGAUUUUGACAAGGAUCGCACAGAAAAAUCAUUUGGUGAUAACCAGGUUUGGGCUGCUUAUGACGAUGAUGAUGGGAUGCCUCGAAAUUAUGCUAUGAUUCACAGUGUGAUAUCAACAAAACCAUUCAGAAUGCUGAUCAGUUGGCUGAAUUCCAAAAGCAAUCGUGAAUUGGCUCCUUUAAACUGGAUUGGUUCUGGUUUCUACAAGACCAGUGGAGUCUUCUGGAUUGGCAAGCAUGAAGUUAACAGGUCUCUUAAUUCUUUUUCACACAAGGUUAAGUGGGCAAAGGGCACAAGAGGGACGAUUCAAAUAUAUCCUAGGAAAGGUGAUGUCUGGGCUCUUUAUAUGAAUUGGUCUCCUGAUUGGAAUGAGCUUACCCCAGAUGAAGUGAUCCAUAGAUAUGACAUGGCGGAAGUGCUUGAAGAUUACAAUGAGGAGAGAGGUGUGAUUGUUGCUCCUCUUGUAAAAGUUCCUGGUUUCAAGACAGUGUUUUGCCGGCAUUCUGACUCCAGUAAAACCAAGGCAAUUCCAAGAGAGGAGCUGUUUCGGCUUUCUCACCAGGUUCCUUCUUACUUGCUAACAGGUCAAGAAGGUCUUAAUGCUCCCAGAGGUUGUUUGGAGCUUGAUCCUGCAUCUAUGCCUUUGGAACUACUUAAAGUAUUACCAGAAGUUCAGGAUGAAGAAAUGGAGGAGAAUGCUGAAAAGGCUAGGGAUCCUUUUGGGGAUAUGAAAACAUCUAAGGAAGAAAAGUUGGUGGAAGAUGGUGAAAUGAAGGAAAAAGAAGUGACGAAAGAUGCAAAAAAAGAAGAUGCAGCAGAAGUGGGGAAGGAAACCAAGGUAGAAAAGUUAAUGGUGUACAAAAGGAGGCGAGAGAGGAACUAGGUCAAUUAACAGUUAUAGCCGCAAAGGAAAAGAGCUAGUAAAGUCUAUACAGAAACUAUUUAGCAGUUGUUCUCUUUCAAUACAUUGGUGGGUUACAUUUUUGUUUUUGUAGUUAUGAUAUGCCCAUGAGAUUUAUCUCAGCUGCAUCUGUAGCAUGAAGACAGUUUCUGAAAGGUUGAAAUUUACAUACAGGGUUACCAGCUAGUUAAUAGCUUAACAGCCAAUAAGCUAAUUUGCCGCCCACCGUGCUUUUGUUAUGUUUUUUAGUAUCCUUUAAAUGACUGUUUUCACAGCUGGUCGAUUUUGUGCCUGCUGAUCUUCUAAAUACAGCUUAUAAAUGCUUUGCAAUCUUUAGUUAUUGAUAGAGGACAUUGCGUGCCGAAA